UUCAUUUUCUUAUUUGGAAAAUCGUGAGCCUGUUAUGGACAAUCCAGCGGACGCAGCGAUUAUUGAAUCUGAUGUUGACGAGAACGAUGAUCUACAACCAACUUAUUACUCCUUCCCACCAGAAAGCUUGUCGGCAACCGAGACGCCACAUAAUGAGUUGGAUUUACGUAGCAGUGCAGCUUUCGAUGAUAUUUCAAACUUCCCUGAAUUACAUCAUGUCAAUGCUCAGAAGUUCUUUGAAGCUCCACCAACCCCAAAGCGCAAUCCAAAGCAUCGAUUCUAUAAGCAAAAAUCUUACGCUAUUCUGACAGCUGGGGAACGAUUGGAAGAAAUUCAAUUAAUCGAGAGCAAAAAGGCUGAAGCAACAAAAUUGAAACAAGAGAGAGCCGAGAAACGAAAAAUGGAUAAAAUCAAGAAAGAAGCUGCAGCAGCCGCAAGAGCGAAUGCAAAGAAGAUGAAAGAGUUAGAAAAGGAAAAGAAAAAAACUGAUAAAAAAUCUACCAAGAAGCGGUCUAAGAAGUUGUUAGUGUAAUACGAAUGCAUAAAUGUAUCUUUGACACAAUGUAAAAUAAAAUAAUAAUCCACCAAAUUGAAGAAUAAUAAAAAGCAAAU